GCAUCACAAUUCAAUAUGACUACCGAUACCAAUACUGCAGGAGAUCUCCACAGGACUUCCAGAGGUAUAUCUUAAAUGAAUCGCAGUCCCUGGAUUUAUUCAGUUCAUCAAUGAUUUGAUUUCGUUUUGUUAUCAUCAAAAGUUUCAAGUACCAGUACCUAUUCCUCACCAUUGCAUUGUACCCUUCGCUGGUCAAAGCUCCCUCCUGGUAUCAAUAACCCCUUCAACUAAAUUCAUUUGCAUGUGAUAGCCGACUUCAACGGCAACAAUCUUUUCAGUAUGUCGACAAGCGUAACAACUUCGAAAGCAAGGCAAAUACUAGCUCCACUUCUGGCAGCUUUACCUGCGGCUUCUGUAUCUCCUCAACCUCCCACCGCACUACUUCCUUUACUAUCGCCAAUUUUACGUCAGAGAGUCCAAAUUUUAUCUUCAACCUCAGAUGAACCAUGGCUUCCGCUGCUCUGCUACGAUGCUUCCAAUAUCUCGAAGUUAGAGCAAGCUAUAAGAAAUGAUCGAUUAGAAGCACAUCCUGUUUCUGGAGAGGUGGAGGUUGAUUGGGAGAGUGAGGUAGAAAUACAAUAUAGGCGAAUCGACGAAGAGACUUUGCAAGCACUCGUUAUACUUAGAGAUCUUUCCUUGAGUGUGCGGCUUGUAUGGUGCGUCGGUGAUGAGCUUGGGGGUGGUGAUGGUUGGAGGAUUGGAGAAGUGGGAGCAUAUGACCCGGAAAAUCAAGAAGGAUGGGGAAAGAAAGACAUUGCUUCUGCAGAAACCGCCUUUAUAUCUGGAACUCCGCAAGUAUCUACACGGGCAGGUGGCACUCUUUCCAAUGUCUCAAAUGGUUCCAAAUAUCUCGAAGUAGAGGAUGACGAUGAUGAUGAUUACUGGGCUCAGUAUGACAAUACGCCAUCUCGUACACCCGCACCGAAACAUUCUCCAGCGCCUCAAUCAAUGCAAAGCGGUGCGAAGAGUGCUGAUGACGAAGACUCAUACUACGCGCAAUAUGCCGAUGUACAACCUGCUAUGGAUAGCCAUGAUCCAGACGAGGCAGCACAGAAUGGAACCGUCGAGACGUCGCUCGGUCAAGAUGAUCAGAUCACUUCUACCUUGAAACAAAAUCUACAAAACCACAUGCCAUCUCAUGAGGUAAAGCUAUGGGAUUCAGAGUCUAGCAGCGCAAUAAUGAAUGGUGGGGAAUACGUUGAAGUCCUGCAACCAAGACCGGGAAGUAGAACUAGCUCAAGUGGAAGUGAGACUGUUGCGAAACUCGAGAAAAGGGCAGAGGCACGAGAACAAAAUGAAGUUGGUAUCAAACAACAUAUUUCAACAAGUGUAAAGAGCUUGUACAGACUGGCAAAAGUAGCUGGGAUCGAAAGGGCAGAAUUUGAUAGGUUGAUUCGGACCGAGUUGGAUUGUCUGAGUUUGAUGGAUGAAGACGAUGAAUGAAAAUAGUCACAUUCAGCUGUGAAGACAGUGGGCAUAUCAUAGUAGGCAGGCAUAUCGGCAUAUGGAAUGGAGUUUUGGUAUUUUCGUCGCAUAGCAUGAAAUCUUUGGGAUAACAUAACAGUGAGGUUAAGGUUGGUCGGUCACAUUGAGGAAAUCUUUAAGGGUAUGAAUUACGAAAAUGACCAAAGAGUUGUAACUUGCAGACAUUAUGGUUAGUCGUACUACGUAGUUCAUAGCUUUCAUACAAAUAAAUAUUGCUUCAUACC